AUGCGUCAAUCAACCGCCCUUCUGUCCAUUCUUGCCAGCACCGUCUGCGCUACUGAUAUCGUUAGCUUUUACUUCCCCGGUGGCUAUGAGGGCGCCGAUCCUGUCGCGACAAUCAACACUGUCAACCCAACAAUGACGGAAUUCCGCAUGGCUUGCCCUACUGGCGUAGACAGCUCGGAGUGUGGUUGGGGCCCUGGACUUGACGCGACGAUCCUUUCGCAAACACGCUACCAGGCCACUAUGGACGCUGGUGGUGUCUCGAUGAGUCUGGGCUGCGACUACAAUAAGAAAAAAGUCGAGAUGACAUGCACAGUAAAGCAGGAAGGUGGCAACGCUGACACUGGCGGUGAGCCCGUCACGGCGGUUUUCUCUAACGACGAUGUCAAGUUUUUGACUGUCGAUGUUGUUGCGGGAAAUAGCUUGCUGAGGACCGAAACAAGCACAGCACCAAGCGCUAGCGCGACAACCACCAAGACGAGCGCUCAGUCUACCUCUGCAACUUUGACAAGGAGUGCGAGUACAGGACAGAUGACGGUCGAGUCGGUCAGCGAGACGGCCAGCGCGUCGGCCAGCGCAACUGUUAGCACCGUUUCUACUCCAAGUAUUGCGCCCACACCAACAUCGAGCCAGUCGUCUGCAAGCGUACCCGAGAGCACUGGCGCUGCUGCAAGGUUCGGCAUCGAGGGCUCUGCCCUGCUUAUGCUUGCUGGUGCUGCGGCGCUCAAUGUAUGGUAA